GGAUCUGUUUCACCUUCCUCGUCAGCGGAACUUCAUCUUGGAAAUCUGAGGCACUCCAUCCACUCGCUCUCUCUCUCCGUCUCUCUCAGUUCAAAUCAUCGAUCGUCAGAAGCGUUGCUGCAUCCCAUCCGUCUGCAUUCAAUCCGAAUCAUCCACGCAAUGUUGUCCGUGCGCCGUACUCUGCCCACCUUGGUUCGACCUGCCAUCAUGAGCCGCAUGAUGUCCGGUGGUGAUGCGGGUUCUAUCCGAGAGGCCGGUGGGGCUUUUGGCAAGAAAGAAAAGGCCGUCGAAGAUCAAUACUUUCGCAAGCAACAAGCUGAACAACUCAAGAACUUGGUGGAUUCGCACGCCAAGGAGAUUCAACAUCAUAAAGAAGCCAUUCAGCGCCAUCAAGAAGCCAUGAAGGUCCACGAGGAAGCUCUCAAGCAUCAUUAAAGAAUGCCCUCGCUCAUGAGGAAGCGAAACCACAUUUUUUGGGCCUUUGGUAGUCAUGCUUAUAUACUAAUUUGUCGUCUCGGUCCGGAGGUGGAGCACUACCUUCAUCCUCCUACCGCAAUAAAUCUAUCCUUUUGACAA